CGUCGCCCGUGUUUGUUACACAAGUCCUUCGGACCGACAGGGUUGUUUGUUUCGAUAGGCUGCGUGGUGUGACCUCUACCGUACUUCGCACUUUGAUCGAAUAGUUCGGCAAUCAAGUACCAAACAACACCGACCAAGCUGGGCUUCCCACAAAAGUGUCCCGAGUCCGUAAUUUACUCUUUGUACAAAACAUGUGCUGUUCUUGAAACUAAUCUGUGCUGGAAGUGCAGCAUCAUCUGCUAUUGCCACCUCAGACGACAACCACCAUGACAGUCACGGCCAGGAAUGGGAGGAAAGGUCCAGGAGAGACCGGAAGUGGAGGAAGUUCAGACUCAUUGAAUUCCUCUGUUGAAAAUGAAAGCAUGGAAAGCACUGUCCAGCUGAAGAGGGAGGUUGGAUUAGUCCGAGCGGUGUCUCUGAUCGUAGGAGCGAUGAUUGGAUCUGGUAUCUUCAUCUCACCGAAAGGUGUUCUCCUUUCAGCCAACAGUGUGGGCAUGAGUCUGGUGGUAUGGUUCCUCUGCGCUGUGAUAUCUGCGUUAGGUGGGAUGUGUUUUGCUGAACUAGGCGCAGUGGUGCCACUAGCUGGAGGUCAAUACCAAUACGUGCUGCAUGCCUAUGGUAACCUACCUGGCUUCAUGGUUGCAUGGUCUCUGGUAGUUAUUAUGAAGCCAGGUAGUGUUGCCCUGACAGCUAUCACCUUGGGAACCUAUAUAUCUGAUUACGUCAUCGCUGGUGAUUGUGCUCCUCCUAGGGAAGCGGUCCAACUUUUUGCUAUUCUCACAGUCAUGUUGAUUGCAUUCAUCAACUGUGUGGGUGUUCGACUAGCCAGUGGAUUAUCUGUGGUCUUCUCAGGAGCAAAAGUCAUUGCCCUCAUGGUAAUCAUCAUUGCUGGUCUCGUCAAAGUAUCCCAAGGUCACACGGAGUAUUUAGACCCAUCGGUGUCAUUUGAAGGUUCCAGUACGCAGUUCCUAGGCUAUGGGCUAGCAUUCUACUAUGGCUUCUGGGCGUAUGGCGGUUGGGAAAUACUGAACAGUAUCACCGAGGAGCUGAGAAAUCCAAGCAGGAAUAUUCCGCUGGCUAUCGGUAUCGCUAUACCUGUUGUGACAACGAUUUACCUACUGACUAACAUCGCAUAUUUCACCACACUCUCCCCGACUGAGCUACUGGCUUCAAGCGCUGUUGCAGUGACAUUUGCCGAGCGAACCCUUGGCUCUAUGGCUUGGGUUAUUCCCUUGGGUGUGUGCAUCUCUACGUUUGGUCAUCUACUUGGUAGCAUCCUUGCCGCCCCAAGGACAGCCUUUGCAGCCGGAAGAGAAGGUCAUAUGUUGAAGGUUUUGUCAAUGAUCAAUGUGAAGCGGUAUACGCCACUUCCGGCGAUAGUCUUGCAGGCCACUAUAUCGAUUGUUUUCAUCCUCCUUGGGGACUUCAAAUCAAUUCUCAUUUUCUCUGGCUUCGUCAACUACAUCUUUGACGGGGCUACAUUUAUGGCCGUUCUGAUUUUACGACGGAAGUACCCGGAUAAACCAAGACCAUUCAGGGUGAAUAUCUUGAUACCUAUCAUCGCGACUGUCGUCUGCGUCUUUAUGAUCUUGGCGCCAUUAAUUUCCGAUCCUACCUGGGAGUAUCUGUACGCCUUUGUAGUAAUGGCCAUAGGUCUCUUGGUCUACCUCGUGUUCGUCUGGGGGAAAAGACAACUACCCUUCAUGAAUCACACGACACUGUUUCUGCAGAAGUUCCUUCUUGUCACAACUUCAACUGAGGAUUCUAGCAUUCACGAAUAACGAAAACAGCACGGGCUCACUUAAAUAAUUGGACAAAAUAACUCUUCAAAGAUUCACACUAUUAUAUGAUUGCUUUUAACAACAUUUAUUUAUGGUGAAAUCACAGUUAUUAUUCAAUGUUUCGUUUUUCAACAUGACCCUAUUUAUUUACUGUACUUGUUGAAAAAUUAGCAAAACAGACAUGCUCUUUAAGUAUAAAUGAGGUUAGAAACUGAUAUUCGUGAUGUCAUUGUUUAACAGAAAAGUGCCUUUACUAAGCUUUGCUGUUUACUGAGAAUUUUUAGGUAUUAAGUAUUUCCGCUUAAUUUCUACUGCAUUCAAGCAAAUUAAGAUUAUACGAAAGGUCUCAUAAAUCAAUCGACUAUUUUACAAUCUGCUUUAAUAUGGAUAUUAUUUUGCAUUUCUGAUAAGAUCAAGGUUCAAGUAAUAUUAUCUGUGAAGCAAUCCAUGAAAUAAUUUUUCAAAAAAGGAAAAACAACUGUAAACCUCUCUGCUUAAAAAGUUAAGGUCCCAAGUAUGUUUUGUCUGCUUUGCAUUUUGUUUUAAAGAAAUGUUACAGAAUAAAACAAGAAGUGUUAGGCCUAAAAUAAAGCUCCUGGAACACUCCUAGAACAUUUACAUUGAAGUAAAUUACUCAAGCUGUAUUGACAUUUAGAAGGCGCAACACUCAAUAUUACUUGUUCCUGAAGAUAUGAUGAAUGCACUCUACAGGAUGUAUAAAAAAAGGUAAUCUAAAAUCAAUCGGCACAUAUGUUAAAGUAAGAAAAUGGUAGAAUCAUACUAGAAUGUCAAAGAGGUUUCAUCUUAAAUGUUAGUUCAUUAGCUUUUAAUUGAUACCAUAAUAACACCUCUUCAGUCACAGAUAACUGAUUAGCGUUGUUUUAGAAACAAAGGCAAAAACCCUCUUUAUCCAAGUUUACUGAAAUAUUUGGUGAGUUAAGCCGUCAGAGAAGACUGCCCUGUCGCAGCUGUGGACAGUGCGUUAAAAGGGGGUAGGCUUUUGUUGGAGGUGUUGUUGCUUAAAACGGUGCCUUAUGUUAUCCAUAAAUUAUUAAUCAUUCCAAAGAUGUCCUUUUUCAUCACAAACUAGCAAUUAUGACUUAUCAAAAAUCGGUAAAGCAUAGCUUGUAAUGGGGAUAGCCAAAGCCAUGCCAAGUUGGGCAAACGCCCAGGCUAGUUAGUUAUGAGGACACCUUUGCAUUUGGUAGUUAUUAUUUUAAUGAAUCAACACAACAUCUUUGAAAUGUUUGAUUAAUCAUGAAACAUGAUAUUCCAUUGUAUGCUCAAACACUUUCAACAUGUCUCUCUCCUCACACUAAACCCAUAAUCCACUGCGACGGCGCACAUUUUUGGACAGCUCAACCUGCCACUGAAUCAGGUAAACUUGGAAAAGGUUGGUGUUUGGCUUUGAGAUGAUAAACAAAAUCUCUGGAACGAUCAUUCAUUCAUGAAAAACAUUAUUAUGUACCAUUUUAUGCAACAACAUUAUCUGUCAAACCCCUGUGAGGCACUGUCCACCGUGACUACAGAAUAAUUGAUGUUAACAUUUUAACGUUUUGACAGGGACCUCCUAGCAUGGGCACACUUCUUUUUUUUUGCGUCAGUAACCAAAAAUAAUGUUAAUAAACAGAGUAUUGUUCUGUUCAGUUAUACCUGAUCUAAAACUCAGCAACUAAACAACCAAGGCUAAGGUUGUAAACUGCAUUAUUGUAUUCAGUGUCAAAAACUCUGCUCCUAAACGGCUGAACUCACGACGCGUGUCAAUAUGGUUGCAAAAAUUUGCUAGGAUAAUACUUGUAUAUAAAUAUAUAUUAUGAUUUAAACUAGAGAUAAGAAUGUAAAAUUCUAAUAAUCUUCUAGUAAUGAAUA